AAACCGUUCUGAUAAAUAAAAAAAACCUUUCAAAAAACCCCGAUUAUUUCACAGGUUCCUCUCUCCACACCGUUGUCAUGCAUGGCGAUUUCCGAGUCUCGUUCCAAACUAGGGCACAGAAUCCAUCCCGAUCGACACUACCAACGAAAACACAAUAUCUCGCGACCUAUUCAAUUCUAACGCGGGUUUGAAUCGUUCAAAGAUUUGGGUGUAAUCGAACUUCUAGGGUUUGGCUUCGAGUUAAUUUUCGACGCAUGAAGGGCUUGUUAGAUCGAACAAAGGUUGUGGUACGGCACCUUCCGCCGUCCAUGUCGCCGUCGGCGUUCGCGGAGCAAAUCGACGGCCGUUUCACUGGACGCUACAAUUGGGUCGUUUUCCGUCCUGGCAAGGACAGCCAGAAGCGUCAAUCAUAUGCUAGAGCCUAUAUAGACUUCAAGAGGCCUGAUGAUGUUAUUGAGUUUGCUGAGUUCUUUGAUGGGCAUGUUUUUGUCAACGAGAAGGGUACCCAAUUCAAAACGAUCGUGGAGUAUGCUCCUUCGCAACGUGUCCCAAAGCUGUGCACUAAGAAAGAUGGGCGCGAGGGGACCAUAUUUAAAGAUCCGGACUAUACGGAAUUCCUUGAAUUUCUUGAAAAGCCGGUCGAGAAUCUUCCGAGUGCGGAGAUACAAUUGGAGAGAAAGGAAGCAGAACGAGCUGGUGCUGCUAAGGAUACACCAAUAGUCACACCUCUAAUGGAUUUUAUUCGUCAGAAAAGAGCAGCCAAGAGCGGAACUCGGAGAUCUUUGUCUAAUGGGAAACCGGUCAGAAAAAUUGCUGGAGUGUCGUCUGGAAAUCCUAGUUCAUCAUCGAGACGAGGUUCCGACAAGAGGAUGAUUUCUACCACCAUGUAUGUUUUAAGAGAUGCUGCAAAGAGUACAAGUGGCAAAGUUAAGCUUGAUGAAGUCUCAGAAGAGAAAAGUGGAAUUACUGGAAGCACUGAUACUGGGAAGAAGAAAAUCUUGCUUUUGAAAGGGAAAGAGAAAGAAAUUCCUCAUGUGUCAGGAGGCAAUCACAUUGCUCUUAAACAGAACCAGCGACGUGAAACCAGUGGAAGGAUAAUCAGAAGCAUACUUCUCAACAAGGAUGCGCGUCAAAGGCAAUCAUCAUCUGUGGUUCAUUCUGAACAGGAAAACCAGGCCUCAAAUCAGGAUAAGGACAACAGACCUCCUAGAGCCCAAGUUAAGUUGUUCUUGAAGGAUACCAAUGGAGCACCAGAAACCGUUGGGAAUGAUUUGCGCGGUUCUUGCAGUGAGAAGCAGGAAAAACAUACACGGAACAAGGAUAGGCCUGAUCGUGGUGUUUGGACUCCACUACGCCGUUCAGACGGAUCACAUGCUAGCGAUGAGUCUUUAUCAUCUUCUGCUUCUCAAUCUACACAGUUACUGGGAGAUUCUGUGAAAGGAAGUCAUGGAGAAGUGAAAGUUGAUAUGGUACAUGUAAGAAGUGGGGAAGUCAAAACUGUUGGAAGUGGGCGAAGCAGCUAUCCCCCAAUAGAUAAUGGUUCCCAUUCACACGGUGGUCGCCUUGGAGUAGCACAUAAUAUGAAGGAUGAUGGCUCUUUUAUCAUAAGUGAGGGGAAACCCUUGAGGAGAGGAGGUUCUUCUGGCUAUGUCCCUCAUGAGAAACAAAAGUGGGUUCAAAAGUCAAGUGCCGGUUCGUAGAUUUGUUUUCAGGUGGUUUGCAGUGAAGGGUUUUAUGAUAUUGGAGGUACAUAUAUGUGCUAGUGGCUGCGGCGUCUCUUUUUGCUAGACAGUUGACCAGGUGCUAGCAAAGUUUAAGGAGAGCAAAGCAGUUAUAUUUUCGAAGAACUUGGAUUAACUCCAGGUAGCCUGAAUGAUGCCAGAUAAUUCAUGUUUUUAAGUAUCUGGUGUGGUGAAGAUAAAUUGAUCGUAGUUAGUCAGAUAUGGCUGGAAAAAAGGAGCAAAGAGGGAAAGUGAUCAAGGAAGGAUAUUUGCCUGAUAGGAGUAUGAUCGUACAUAACAGCAUGAUUUUGACACAAGGGUGUCCCCUUCAAUAGGAUUCUGCUUGCAGGAGGUGCUAUUAUAUCCUCACUCUUGGCAUUGACUCAGCUGAGUCACUAUAUUUAAUUUCUAGGUGUUCUUUUGGUAAAGCUGUAUAUGUUACAUAAAUCUGGAAUGGCUGUGUACUUCCUACAUGAGCUAGCAGUGGCGAUCCUUUUGAAUUAUGAGCUGAAGGUUUAUGUUUGGGCUUCUCUGUAAUUUGCAUUUGGGUUGCACACAGUAGGAUGCAGGGGUAUGCUGCCGGCUAAGCACUAUAUGUCUCAUACAUGUAGAAAACAGGGAUGGACUGACUUUGGAAGUUGUGUGAGGAUAUUGAGUUUGAGAGUAAAAAGAUUCUGAUGAUAUUUGGUUUGGUGUGUUAUGGAUGAUGAGGCUGGAAUGGAUAUGCAUUGUGCCUAUAUUGGAUUUCCUAUGACAGUGGUGCUAGUAUUUCAGUAAAGAUCUUUUUGGCUUCA